AUGGAGAGUGCCUCUGAUCGGCAACACCCCCGGGGGGGCAGGCGGGAGCAUAUUGCAUAUAUCCAUAUCUCAUCACGGCCACCCUCAAAAAAUCUUCGCCCCCGACCACCACCACCACAACAACUCGAAGAAUAUCCUUGGCCAUCGACUUAUCAUAGUAACGAUCGAAACAUGCUACCCAUCAAGUCAGCCUCCAAGAAGCGGAAACGGGUCAAAGUCGUGGACGGCGCCAGUCUGAAAUCCAAGAAACCACUCGGGAUCGAAGAAUAUCCCAACGUAGAACCCACGGCUGAAGAACUCGAUCUUGAGGAAGCAGUCUUCGGAUUCGCACCGGUAUCAAGAUCAAAACAGAAACUAGAACCUUCCAACCCAACCCACUCAGUCCGCCCUGAUGAUGAAAGCCCCAAGACCGAGCUUGCAGGCCUUGCAGAUGAUCAGUUAUUCAUCUUGGACGAGCCCAAUCAACAAUCCAAUGGAGCUGAAAGUCUCAAUGAUCCCAAUCAAAAAUCAGAGACUAUCGAGCGGAAAGAGUCAGCGCCCAAGACCGAUCGUCGCCCUGAGAAGGUGCCUGCAUGGAAGGACGAGUCCGCAAACCAGGUCUCAGUAUCGAUUAGCCAUGGACCCAGCCGACUGAAGAAGCUAAGAACAUUGGAUGACCGAGACGAUGAUCAAAAGAUCACUAUUAGUGGAGAAGAAUAUGAGAAACGAUUAAGGACCCAAUUCGAGAAGAUGAAUCCAACACCAACUUGGUUGAGCGAUCGCCGACAAUCAAAAGGUAAACAGAUCGACGGGGAUGAGGAUGAGGACCAGCCGGGUUUCGGAUUAGAUCUAAUUCUUCAAUCAACUGGCGAUCUUAAUCGUCCCAAGAUCUCCAAAAAAACUCGCAAGGGGAUCCUACCCAAAGGCCAGCUUCAAGUCGAGAGACUUCGAGACGCAAACCAAGCCGAGCCCGGAAAAACCAAAUCCUCGCCGAUCUCUUGUCUCCAGUUUCAUCCCCAUUCCGACGUCCUCUUCACCGCCUCGGCCGAGUCCAAGCGACUCUCAUUCUUCAAGAUCGACGGCACCCACAACCCGGCCCUCCACUUCGUUCAUACACCCGAUCUUCCAAUCCAAGCCGCCGAAUUCUGCCCUCCUUCAACUACCAACGUAUCUUCAACCGUCCUGAUCACCGGCCAUCGGCCGUACUUCUACACAUUUGAUCUCCAAAGCUGUCAAUGUAUCAAGAGCCCCCAAGGACUCUUCCACAAAUCUGUUUUCUCGCAAUCGAGCAAAGGCACCUCACUCAGUCAUUUCAAAUUCUCGCCUCAGGGAAAUCUCGUCGCAUUUGUCGGGAUGAAUGGGCUUGUCGAGCUGGUCGACUGGUCGAACAACAUUGGCUCGUCCCAAGUGAUCCAUAGCUUGAAAUCCAACAACCCAAUCAAGAGCUUGGCAUGGUCACGCAACGGGACCGAGCUCCUGACGAUCGGGAGUAAUGCAGAGGUGUCGAUCUGGGAUCUGCGGAUGAACAAGAUCAUGGGCAGUUGGUUCGACGACGGCGGAUUCAAUCCGACGAAGAUCUCCACCACCGACCAAGACUGUCGUCGGCUCACCCAGGAGUCAUAUACGGCCAUCGGCAGCCAAACUGGCAUCGUCAAUCUUUACGCCGAUCAGAUCCAGGAUGGAGCCCCCUCCUCGUUCGUCGAUUCCUUUCAGACCAGCCGGAAACCGUUCAAAACCAUCGGCAACUUGACCACUUCGAUCAACCGACUCAAGUUCAAUCCCGACGCACAAGUGCUCGGGAUCUCCAGUCAAGUCAAAAAGGAUGGACUGAAACUGGUCCAUGUCAAGUCUGGAACCGUCUUUUCCAAUUGGCCUACUUCGAAUACCCCCUUAGGUCAUGUAACCGAUUUCGACUUCAGUCACAAUUCCAAAUACUUGGUAACUGCUAACAAUCGGGGCAAAGUACUGCUGUAUUCACUCAAGUUUUGGGAAUAA